GACUGAAGCCGUUGGCUGCUACUGAACCGUUUGGCUCUUUUCUCUACUAGCGCGCAAGCCUACAAUCUAGACCCCACUGUCCAUCAGCUCGUUUUUAAAGGGGAUUUAUCAUCAUAUGUGCCCGUGUGUCCACAACACAUCGUCAUUGGGGAUUCCAAGCACCGGAUGGCCGGGUCUGAAGGCCGUUAUAACGCUUUUUUCGAGGUUUAAUUAGAGGUAGAAAACAGCGGUGGUGGAGGAGGAGGAGAUUCCACAUUAGGAGCACAGAGGAGCAGGCACCCCCCUUGUGUGAUUUGGAGCUUUCGGUUCUGAGCUGAUGGUACAAGGCCCUGACUGAACAUAGUGGUGGUGCAUACAGACUUACUGCUGUGGCUAGCUGUGUGCGUGCUGACCUCAUGGUGUAACUGGAGUAAAGAUGAGCAUUAGCAGUGAUGAGGUCAACUUCCUGGUCUACAGAUACCUACAGGAGUCAGGGUUCUCCCACUCAGCGUUUACGUUUGGUAUAGAAAGUCACAUAAGCCAGUCAAACAUCAAUGGUGCUCUGGUUCCCCCUGCUGCCCUCAUCAGCAUCAUCCAGAAGGGCCUGCAGUACGUCGAGGCAGAAGUCAGCAUCAAUGAGGACGGCACAUUAUUUGAUGGGCGGCCCAUAGAGUCUCUGUCCCUGAUCGAUGCUGUGAUGCCUGACGUUGUUCAGACGAGGCAGCAGGCGUACCGGGACAAAAUGGCCCAGCAGCAGGCCGCCGCGUCAGCACCGGCAUCGGCCACUGGAGGCAGCAUAGCUGGCAACGCCAAGAACGGAGAGAAUACUGCCAAUGGGGAGGAGAAUGGAGCCCAUACCUUAGCUAACAACCAUGCAGACCUGAUGGAGGUGGAUGGAGAUGUAGAGAUCCCUCAGAACAAAGCCAUGGUCCUGAGGGGCCACGAAUCAGAGGUCUUCAUCUGUGCCUGGAACCCUGUCAGUGAUCUGCUGGCAUCGGGGUCUGGGGAUUCGACAGCUCGUAUCUGGAACCUGAGCGAGAACAGUACAAGCAGCUCCACACAGCUGGUGCUGAGACACUGCAUACGAGAGGGAGGACAGGAUGUCCCCAGCAACAAAGACGUCACCUCGCUAGACUGGAAUAGCGAGGGCACGCUGUUAGCAACAGGCUCCUAUGACGGCUUUGCCAGAAUAUGGACGAAGGAUGGAAACCUGGCCAGUACACUUGGCCAACACAAAGGUCCCAUCUUUGCGCUUAAGUGGAAUAAAAAAGGCAAUUUUAUCCUCAGUGCAGGAGUAGACAAGACUACAAUCAUUUGGGAUGCCCAUACAGGAGAAGCCAAACAACAGUUUCCCUUCCAUUCAGCUCCAGCGCUAGACGUUGACUGGCAGAGCAACAACACAUUUGCCUCCUGUAGUACAGACAUGUGCAUCCACGUCUGUAAACUGGGACAGGACAGACCCAUCAAAACAUUCCAGGGACACACAAAUGAAGUAAAUGCAAUCAAGUGGGAUCCCACAGGGAACCUCCUCGCCUCCUGCUCUGACGACAUGACGCUGAAGAUUUGGAGUAUGAAACAGGACUCAUGUGUCCACGACCUUCAGGCUCACAGUAAAGAAAUCUACACCAUUAAAUGGAGUCCAACCGGCCCUGGAACCAACAAUCCCAGCGCUAAUCUCAUGCUAGCCAGUGCAUCGUUUGACUCCACAGUGCGUCUUUGGGACGUGGAGAGGGGCAUCUGUAUCCACACGCUGACUAAACACCAGGAGCCGGUCUACAGCGUGGCUUUUAGCCCCGAUGGUCGGCAUCUGGCCAGUGGCUCCUUCGACAAAUGUGUGCACAUCUGGAAUACACAGACGGGCGCUUUAGUCCACAGUUACAGAGGGACGGGGGGAAUCUUUGAGGUUUGCUGGAAUGCAGCGGGAGACAAAGUGGGAGCCAGCGCGUCGGACGGAUCUGUGUGUGUGCUAGACCUUCGGAAAUAGUACUGCUGUUUGUUGGAAGCCAUGGACCGACCAUGAAUGUGUACAUAGCCAAAUGACUGUCCCUGCCUGCCCUGCGUACUGCUCACGCUUACGGCCCCGCCCACCGACAGACAGGAAGCAGGAAACAGGAACAGGAAGCAAGCACCCGACACAGCAGGUCCAGACACGGGGAGGAACAGAAGGACAGACAGACAGACGGACUGAUAAACGGGCGGAUGGAGGCGCCCCUCUCUAUCUGUGCAGACUCUUACAGAGAUGCAGAAGGGACGCAGUGGAAAAAAAGACAAAAAAAACUCAUAGACAAAAAAAAAGUUACAGAUCCGUAUAUGUACCAAAAUUUGGAAGCUAAUUUUCUUUUUUGAUCUUUAAACCAUGCUCAUCGUCCUCGAAAUGAAAAACAAUGAAAAAAGUGUUGAUCUUUGUUACUAGUUGGAUCUCAUUGUGCAGACAUAUCAACUCCUCCACCAUAAUAUAGGAUGGCACUUAGUUUUUUUAAAUUUCAGAUCUCUUGUUUCAAUGUUUUUAUAUUUUUUAUCUUUGGGGGAGGGGCAGGGGGCUGGCGCAGGUCAGAGUUUGAUCCAUUGGAGAAGAAAAUACAAAGAAACACGCUCAGACAUGCAACCCCAAACCGUGUCCUCGUCAUGAUUUCAAACCAACGUGGCGUCCUGAAGGUUCAGCUGCAUGUGAUUGCAGUAGCUAGAAGCUUUGAGUGGGGGGUCUUACAGGAGACUUCAGAAUGCAGUAAUUCAUGUGCCGCUUUUUUCUGCAGGGGACUCUGGAUCUCUUUUUGGGCCUCAUGGAACAGAUGAGGCACAUCUGGAUGCUUUAAAAACAGAUCCUCUGUGAACUAUGUGAUCUGGAGGCUUUUAUCCUUUUCUGUUCUCUCGACAUGCUUUCACCUCAGCUUCCUGUCUGAAGUUAAAAACUGCUACUUGAUAGAAAGACGACUUCACUUUCUCAAAAUUGUUCUGAGUUUUAAGUUAAUCAACAAUAAUUUGGCUCCCAGGUUUCAAACUGUUCUCAGCCAGUAGGCUUCAACACAACUCAAAUAGUCAGUCACACAAUGUGGUGUCCUCCUUCACAUCGAUGCUUUAAAGACUUCAGUGAGUUUCCUCAUUUCUAACCUGACUCACCAUCACAAGCCUCAAGUCACUGGACUCAGCCCUGACAUAAGAUGGUUCACUGAGUGAGAUAACUAUGUCAUAGUCUUAUGGAGUUCGAUUCAGCAAAGACAGUCCAGCUAAAAUCCCUCCCUCAUAACCUGAAAAUAAUCACAAUCAGAUCUUUGGACAUUGACGACAUGUAACUAGUGACCGGUGUUAAAUCUUAACUAUAUGUGACUGUGUGUGCUCGUUAGCAGAGAGGAGCCUAAAGUGUUUGAGUCACUUUAAUAACACAUUGUAGACGCCCUAAAGAGGUCUACAUCGAACUUUAAAAGACAGCAACCAUUGGCCGCUUGUGGCAGACAGCUAACCACCAGUGAGUCCAGUUAAACUUGACGUCUCUACCUGUUUGAAGUUUUCCUGCCUUGGUAGACUAAUGUGUGCUUGUUAAUGUCUCCUAAAAGACAGAAACUGAACAACUCUGUCAAAUGCCCUAAGGUCUCUUUAGUUGGGAUUUUGGACAUACUUGCAAUUCCUGUUUAGGCAAUUAGGUCUUAUUUUCUCAAGUUGUCAUACGGUGAAUGAAGAGGGAAAAUGUAAGUUAAAACUAUUCUGUCAAAGUUUUGCCACUUGAUCUGUUUCUACAGUGGGAUGGUCUCUGUCCCUUGGCUCUGGUGUAAGAAGAUUUUUUUUAACCUGCAGCUGCUGGAGGUUUCAUAUUUUACUCAUGUUGAAUCCUACUGGCUGAUCCAAAGGUAAUCCCCAAAUCAGACAAUAAACGGGCACUAUGUGAAUUUACAAUACAGGGAGUUUAUGCUGUAAGUAACCCAGUAGAGGUGAUAAAGGAUGAAAUCAAAGUCAACCAGUGUAACAUGAAAGUCCUGAGAAUGCAAACGGUCAAACAGAAACAUCACGCUCAGCGUUUUUAAAUCCAUCCCUCCCCCCCCUUCAUUCUGCGCUCUCCAUCACUGACACUCUGCUCACAUUGUAUUCUGAGGUCCCUCUAUGACGAGACAUUUUAUACUAUUUUCAAGACAAAAUUUAAGGUUACAUUUUUGUAAUUUCUUUGUAGAUUUGAAAAAAAAACAACUAAUGUGAACUGAUGAUUAAUCGGCAGUGUAAAUUUACAUGUUCGAUACAUUUUAAAGGAGUUUCUUUUUGUUACUGUGAUGCAGAUAGUUGAUUCUGUAAUGUUACGGCUCGCUGAGCUGUAAUUCUGAAGAUGGCGCGGCACCCUCCCCCCCCCCACACCAGGAAUUAAAUCACCACUAAAUUUGUCUGUUUGAAUAAAGAAAUGUUUUUACUUUUUUCUUUUGGUUCCAUCUUUUUGGGGAAGUUUUGUCCCAGAGAAUUGGUUUCCCCUGAAAAGACAAUUCAAAAAGUCUUUAAACUGAAUAAAAAAACAACAACAUUUUUUUCAAUCAAGCCACGACUGAAGGCAAUGUUUCUACUUCAAUUUUUUGUCAUUGCCACGAUUGGGAGUCAUUCUGUAGCUUUGUGCAGGAGCUCUGCAGGCCGAUACGAUCUUAUUGAUUGAAUACACAGGUAUGUUUAAAUUGUCAGAGUGCAACUGGACAUUUCUACCGUGGAAUAAAUAUUUUCUGUUAUUGGUUACUGAGCAGAGAAACCCUUACGUCUCUCAGAACGGUUGAAUCGUGACUAAAAGGACAAACGUGUUUUGUGUGUUCAGCCUGAUAUUCUCAGUGGUCAGCUCUUCGCUUUCUCUUCUUUUGUACGAGGGUUAAUGAUGCACCUGAUCUUCUGUUUGGUUUACAAUCCAAUCAGGAGGAAGCAGGAAGCAGGAAAGUGUCUUUAAAACGUGUUUAGAUACAAAUGAUCUCUCCUCUUUGCUGAAAUCUACACAAUAUGAAGGCACAGUUUAGAGGGUCGAUUUGUUCUGGUCAGAUUAGAUUGAAAUCUGACCAGAUUAUCAAAUCAAAUUCAGAAAGGUUUGCAUUGUAUCAGCCAAAGCUAUGAGCGUGUUUUGAAUUGGACUUUCCUCAAAGAUGAAAUUAAACCCAAAACAUCACAUUGGCCUGCAGAGCACCUCCACUUCAGAACACUUGUCAGUAUAUCUACAUCUCCCCUGUAAUUAAUGAGACAUUCCUACUUCUGGAUUUAAAGAGGUGAAGUGUUUGUUCACUGAUUCAUGGAGCCAACAGUCAAACGGAUAAAUCCAUGCCAUCCUCUGAUCUGUGCCACAUCGAUCUUGUGGGUGGACUUUUGUCACAGAGCGUCAUGUCAGUCCUGCAGCUUCUCUCCCACCGGGUCUCAAGGUCUUUUUUUGUUUUUGGUUUAAUCUCUGCAACUCACAUCACAUCAAUCUGUUAACAUUGAAAGUCCGAUCAGUGAAACAAAAAGUCCAGAAUAAAAUCUAUUUUGAUAAGA